UGGAGCUCCUUUUCACCGUCGUUCAUGUUUUUAAUUUUUAAUCAUGCACCCGAAGCUUAGGGUUUUCUCGUUCUUUUCUUCGAUUUCUCUUUGACAAUUCUUUAAUUCUUCACGAAUCUGUACUUGUUCUAGCUUCCCCACUACUAAUGCGGAUGCACAUUAGGUUUUCUCUCAAUCAAGAGUUCUGAGUCUACUGGAUGAUGGCAACUGUUAUGGGUUCAUCUGUCGUCCCGGCAACGAUGGCUCCUUUACCUUCAAACAGUCGGAUGGAGUUAGCGCAUCAUCGGCUCUAUGAAUUUGCAAAGAAAGCGUUGAUCAAGAUUUUUGUGUCUCCGUAUGCAUCGGUUUGUGAUUUGUACUGCGGCGGCGGAACUGACACGGAUAAGUGGGACGAAGCUCAAAUAGGCCACUACAUUGGAGUUGAUACAUCGUCUUCUGGUAUUAUCGAAGCUCUUGAGAUUUGGGAGAGCCAGAGAAAGCCCUAUACUGCGGAGUUCUGUGAGUUGGACCCUUCCGUUGAAGAUUUGGGAUCACUUUUGCAUGACAAAGGUAUUCCAGUCGAUAUUGUUUGCUGUUUGCAGCAUUUGCAGCUUUGUUUUGAAAACGAAGAGAGGGCAAGGUCCCUCCUGCAUAAUGUGUCAUCUCUUCUUAAACCGGGGGGAUAUUUUUUUGGUAUAACUCCAGAUUCAUCUACUAUAUGGACGAAGUACCAAAAGAUCGUUGAAGCUUCCCAUAAUAAGGGAAGUGGCUUAAAGGGUGUCCAAAACUGCAUAAGAUCUGACAACUUUGUGAUUACUUUUGAAGUUGAAGAAGAAAAGUUUCCGUUCUUUGGAAAGAAGUACAUGCUAAAGUUUGCUAACGAUAUUACAUCUGAGACUCAUUGCUUGGUGCAUUUUCCAAGCUUAAUCAGGUUAGCUAGGGAGGCGGGUCUGGAGUAUGUGGAGAUACAAAAUCUGGCUGAGUUUUAUGAUGAUAACAGAGCUCAAUUUGCUGGGAUGCUUAGCAGCUUUGGGGCGAACUUUUUGGACCCCAGAGGAAAGCUUCUAGCCCGCUCAUUCGAUAUAUUAGGUUUAUAUUCCAUAUUUGUCUUUCAGAAGUCUGAUCCAGAUGCUUCACCCCCUAUCUUGACGCCGAUAAUACCGGAUGAAGAGCAUCAAGACUGGCUUGGAAAUGGUUGGAGGCAGCAGGCAGCAGCUGAGGAUGAUAAAAAUGUGCAGCCAGAUCCAAGCAGCAGCCAUGGCUGUGUUCUGGUGCCUCAGGAGAAAGGUAUACUUGGUCCAGGACCUGCUGACCUAAGGUUUUCCGAACCACUCUAGGUUAAUUACUGACCUACAGUUGCAUAAUUAUUAGAAAGGGACAUUUUGCAUAUAUAUCACCCAAUUCUCAUAUAUUUAUAUGUCUAACACUUAAACUUUGCACUUUUACAUUUAUACCGCAAUCUUUCGUAUCACAUCGAAAGCAUCACUAUUUACAGGAUGAUAAAAGAAAUGCUCUGCAUGUAAUUAUCCCUUGAAAAUAGUAUAUGUGGAUGUUCUUAGCUUA